AUGGCCACACCGUCUUCACCUGCGACCGCUCUAGCUGGGUGCGACGACUUGCAAUGGCAGCAUGAUGGCCCGCCAGCCAAAAGGCGCAAAGGGAACUCCAUGACAAACACGUGCCAGCCGUCGCCGCGAGAGAUUGGAAUUAUGAGAGAGACAGAACGGGAUGAUUCCGCAACCUUUCUGGGAAGUUCGAGUGGCAUUCACUUUAUCCGCACUGUUUACAAUGCAUUUGCCAAGCGUUCAGCGGUCUUGCAGGAAGCGCGAGUCAGGAACCAGAGCUUAGUGCCUGGCGAAGACGAUCAGUUACAAAGACGUCCUGGCAAGUCGCAGGGGCUGGAUGAGCUCUGCUUGAAACAUGAGUUAUCUCUUCAGGCCCCUGAGUCUGUAUCAUUUGAGAGCCUUGUGGGGUGGUCGCGGAGCUACUUUGAGUAUUUGCAUCCCAUCUUCCCCUUCCUGCAUGCACCGACCGUGUUGAAAGCCAUGGAAAGGGUCAGCGAGAGAGGCAUCGACUCACUGGAUCGUGCUAAUCUAGCUAUAUUACGCUCUAUACUUUCUAUAUCGGUGAUUGAUAACCGCCAGGCGCAGAACUCUGGUAUGACAGCGGACCCGAUCCCUUCUGUCCUGGUGUAUCGAACCGUGCAAGAGGCGAUGGAAAGCAUCCAUGCUUUGCUGCUGGAGCCCUCAACGCUUCCGUUGUUGCAGGCAGUAUUCAGCGUCCAGCUAGUACUGACGUCUGUGUUACGUCUCAAUACAGCUUCCAGGGUCGGGGGAUUGAUAAGUCGAACUGCGUUCCAUCUUGGUCUCCAUCGCUGUCCUGCACGAUUCUCUUGUUUCAGCCGUGAGGAUGCAGAUAUUCGCCGUCGCCUUUUCUGGUCGAUUUAUUGUCUAGAAAGAUAUUUUAUACAGGAUGACGACAUCGAUGUCUGCUAUCCAGGGAGUGAAAGGCACGGGGAAGUAGGGAAGGUGCCGCAGGCGAAGGGCUCUCACAGCCAUUUGCGAUUGCUUACCCAUCUCGCCAAGUUUGCGAGACUUAGGGGCCUUACACUGGAGCUCCGCAACAAAUCCAUCCUGCACAGUCAUAAUAAUACCCUCGAGGCCACGUAUGUCAACGGUGAGCUUGCGCAAUGGUGGAACGAGGUUUAUGACGAUGUUUAUCCUAUGGAAGAGCAGCUAGAAUGUCUGCCCCAAAACGAAACGUCGCUGCAACCUUCCCACCGGCUGCUGCUUGUGGUCCUCAAGCACGAGUCCAUCAUAUCAAUGAAUCGGCCAUUACUCGCUGCUGAAAGACUCUCGCCGGAAUACAAACCAGCCCUACAGGCUUGCAUUGAGUCUUCGCGGUCCCUGAUUUCAGCUUUGAGGACGUACUUGUUGGCUCAUAAUAGUAGUCAAAGUGGCCAAGACGCCGCAGAUAGUGGCAAACACCAAGCGCCGCUAACUUGGCCAUCAUUCACCUGGGCCACCUGGAUGGCCUGUCUUAUCUUGAUGUACGCCGCAUCGGAGGGUGAGUUUUCAAGUAUAAGCGCCCUAAAGUACGCUAAGGUCGGCGUUUCGAUAUUGGAAAAUCUCUCACUGCGAAAGAGUAGCUGGCCAGACACCUGUAUCGAAGCAAUCAAAGGCAUGGAGUCGGCCUUGAGAGUCAACCUAGAUUCUGAUUCUAGAGAACAGACUCCGCUACCCAGGACUUUUGCCCGACGCACACAGCGGACAACAUUGUCAGGUUCAAGCGAGCGUCACAUGGACACAGAGCCAAAUGGGAGAAGAUAUUCAUUAUCAGUUCAGGAUGAGGGCAUGUCGCGAGCAGAUCCCCUGUCUUCGCCCUUGACAUCGAGAAGGAGUACUUCGCACAUUACUGGCAGGACACCUGGGCUACCCACCCCAGUACAUGAGCAACGGCCCAUGUCAACCCAGGCACAUCACCCGUCGAGUUAUGAUCUGCAUAAUGACCAGUCCACCACUGGCAUAGAAACUGACAAUAUGAACGAUUUGAGCUCGGCUGGAUUGAUAUUCGGAGACACGAUGGGCUCACACUUCCCCUAUGCGGUCACUGCCGGUCAGGACAUCGCUUCUUUUGCAACUUCUGACCCGUGUGGUAUAAGCAAUCUAUGGAGUAUCGCGGACUGGCCUUGGAUGAUUCACGAGAACUUUUCAUGAUUUACCAUUCGUCGAUGAUAUAAACUCACCGUCCACAGAUAUAGGAAAUAUUAUUCUUCGGUUG